AUGUCGACCUCCUCAGCAUCGUCAGUGGAACCUUCAAGUUUACCUCCGAAGAAGGUCAUGGUUUCGAACAAGGACACGAGGCCCAAGAAAAGACUCCGUUCGUUAGAUCAUGAUGAUGGGAAAAGGGCAAGAAAAAAAGAGUCCAACAUCGAUCCUCAUGAGGAAUUUCUCGCUGCUGCACGCUGUAUAGCGCGCUGCAUCGACGUGUUUUGUUUGGCUCUGCAGCAGCGCGAUGCUGCGGAGAAUGGUGAGCUAUCGGAAGACGAAGAUGCCCAGGUUUGUCGCGAGGAGCGACUCUCAAAGAUUUCAUCUAAAGUCCAAGAACGAUAUAAAAGGAACUAUGCUCGGCUGCUUCAGCUCGCUCCAAGCUUAAAACCUCUACUCGGCGACCCUCGGAAAGCCUCCGAGCUCGAUACUAUCAUCAAGAAAAUGGAUGCUACUAUCUCGGCUACUCGCUCUGAGGACACCUCACGUCUCAAGAGCCAAAUCGGCCAUUACGCAGCCUUCAGCACCAAGGGCCACCCAAUACAUCCGGCUAUAUACGACGGAAGUGGUUCGCGGACCCAUUUGGGUAUUAACCACCCUGUUCUAGCGCGUUUUCUCUGUCCGGUCAGGGAACUCGGGAGAUUUUCAGAGGACGCCGACAAGGCACUUAAAGACAUUCAGUGCGGCAAGGUUAACUUGACCGCAUUCGAUCUUCCCGCAUUCCUAUGGGCCGGAGACCCACCAGGUCAAGACUACGACGACGACAACAUGUUCGAGGGCAUGUUUGAUGGCUACUUAUUGGAGCGGACUAUGCGGCACAUUUUUACAAGUCCAUCGAGUGCAUAUGGAGGGGAGACGCGCGCGACACGCACCUGCAACGCUGCUCUACACAACAUGACCACAGUGGAAGCGGCACAUAUCGCCUAUGGCUGUUUACAGGUUCGUUUUGGUAUCAGCGCUAAGAACGCUUGGUGCGAAAUCGAUGGUGCUUUCAACUACCGGGAAUUCUACAACAACAUCAUCGAGCUUAUCGAAGAUUCACCUGAUCAGGAGUGGAAAGAAGACCUCCUCAAAGCUUGGAAUGUGUAA